AGUGGUAUUGGGUAACAGCUUGCGAGCCACAGCAUUGAUCCAUUUCCAGAUCAGCAGGUACGGACCACCAUGUUGCGCUCGAGUCUGCGCAAUGCGGUGCGAUCGCAAGGUUUACUGCGUUACACGGGGGCUGUGCCUCCUCAUGCCCAAGCUCCGACUCGUAUUGCGCCGUUCGCAACGUUCGGUAGCGAGUUCUCGGGCUUCCGUGACGUCCGCCAGUCGCCAGCUCUGAUCCUGCCACAAUACUCGCCGCUGUUUCACGCGCAGACCCGCGGGUUCGCCGCGCUUCCCACAAAGCCAUCGACGACCACGCCGGCGUCUGCUCCCACGGCCGCAGAGGCUGCUGCGCUUAAGAAGAAGAUCGCGGCCGCUAGACGCCGUCGCAGUAAGAUCCGCGUACAGGAGGAGAAGCUCGAGUCCGCACUGGCCAAAGGCGGCGAGCGCCGUAUGAUCCGCGUCGAGGAUGUUGAAAAGGAGCUGCCAAAGGUUCCGGAACGCGCCGUAUCUCUGCUUAAGCGCACGCCGCAGCUUACGAUGCAGGGCAUUAAAGCCGUCGCCCAUGCACUGCAGGUUCUGUUCACUGACCCAGCUGCAGUUAAAGAAUGGCUGGGUAAGAUGAAAGGCAAGGUAAAACACGAGUUAGAUCACUACUGGCUCGGCACCAAGCUGCUAUACGCCGAUGUGUCCACGUCCACACGUAUCCUGCGUCGUCUACUCAAGGGCAACGCACUCUCACGUCGUGAGCGCAAGCAGCUGCAACGCACAGUGGCAGAUCUAUUGCGUCUCGUACCAUUCGCGUUCUUCGUGAUCGUCCCGUUCAUGGAAUUGCUGCUGCCUGUGGCGCUCAAGGUGUUCCCCAACAUGCUACCGAGUACAUACAAGGACUCGUUUCAGCGUGAGGAAGACAUGAAGCGUCAGCUGCAGUUGCGUGUGGCUCUAGCCGAAUUCCUGCAGGACACAGUGAAGGAAGUUAUGCAGGAUACUCGUGAUACUGAAGGCGUGUCGGAGGAACGCAAGGCAACAGCCAGCGAGGUCAUGAACUUCGUGGAGCGAGCCCAACGCGGCGAACCUUUGACGUCGGAGGAGACGCUGCAAGUCGCGAAGCUGUUCAGCGAUGAACUGAUGCUGGACAAUAUCUCUCGACCGCAACUUGUGGGUAUGUGUCGAUUCAUGGGCGUGCAGCACUACGGCAACGACAAUCUGCUUCGUUUCCAGCUGCGUAACCGGAUCCGUCAGCUCAAAAAGGACGACCAGGAUAUUAUUUGGGAAGGACUGGACUCGCUGGACAAGGAGGAGCUGCAGAUGGCCUGUAUGGAGCGCGGUAUGCGUGCUACGGGGUUGACGAAGGCCGGCUACGUGCGUCAAAUGCGCCAGUGGCUCGAUUUGUCCAUUAACAAGAACGUGCCAGCGUCACUGCUCAUCAUGUCGCGGGCGCUGAACAUUACUGCUGCGGACAACCUAGAGGAGGCGCUUGCUACGUCCAUGUCGUCUAUGGACGAAGAGGUGGUGACGGAGGUGGCGCUGGCGGCCAAGGCGUCUACGGAGGGAGAAACGGCGGAAAUGCGCAAGCUCAAGCUCGACAGUAUUCGCUACCAGAAUGAGAUGAUCGCGGACGAAGAGAAGUUCCGUGAUGAAGCUCAGAAGAAGGAGACUGAGGCUCAGAAACAGGCUGAGAGCGAGGCUGCUGCCACCCAGGCAGCUACUGAGACGCAAACUGAAGUGGAACAGGUCAUUGCCGACGUGAUCAUGGAGAAGGCGCACGCUCAGACGACUACAGCCGCCCCGACGCCGGGUGCAGCUAGCGAGACGACGCCUAGCGAGGAAACGCCUGUGGUGCCCAAGUCCAUUGAGAACAUCGUCAGCUUGGAGGAGCUCAGUGCUCUUGAGUCGCUUGCGUUCAAGUCGCUCGUCGAGAAGGAGCGUCAGACUGUGAGUCAGUUGAAGCAGAACAAGUAUGACAUGGACGUCGAGGGUCUGCUGGCUGCUGGUCGUAUCGGCGCACAGGCCGCGGAGAACAAGACUGCCGGUCGUAUGAUGAAGAAGCUCGAGGCGAUGCUGUCCAAUCUGGAAGUGGAAAUUGAGGAGGUUGACCGUCAUGUUGGUGACCGACUGAACAUUCUAGAUCGUGAUAGUGAUGGUGUGCUAUCGGCCGAGGAGCUUCGUGAUGCUGUCAUGACGAUUCUGCGCAAGGCUAACACCCAGGAGGAUGUGGAAUGGGUGAUUUCGCACAUCGAUGAAGACAAUGACGGCAAAAUCGCUUUGGAGGAGCUGGUGGCCUGGAUUGCCAAAUGCCGUGAGAGUCUAGAGGCUACGGGCCGCAUUGCACUGCAGGAGCCGACGGACGCCAACGCCGAAGCUGCAGCAGCAGCAGAAAGUGAGAAGGCGAAGAUCGACAAGACAGAGAAGGCGAAGGUCAAGCGAGCGAACAGCCGCAAGAAGAAAGAGAAGGAACAGUAAGCUCUCCGAAAGCUGAUGUUGCGAUGGAGAUAGAAGCCGCUGAGAGUGUGUGAAGUCCACAUUGCUUAAUCUUUCCAAUAGAUAUAUUGUUCGAAGCUUUUUGGCCUCUCUUCGCAAUGUGUCACUA